AUGCUGGAAUACAGUGUGGUUCUUCCUAUGACCGACACAGACUAUGCUGUUGUUGAACGGAGUUUGUGCGGAUUUGAAUGGCAAAUUGAAGUCAAAGACGAUAAGGAACAUGCGAAUAUCAUCUUAUCAUGCAAUCGUGGCGUAGAAGGCAGUUCAUGGCAGUGCACAGCUGUUGUCACUGUUCAUAUCCCAGGAAUCAGCAAGGUUGUAAGCACUUUCCACAGUAAACAGCGAUCGACCGCUAUUGCAGUUCCUCGUACUGAAUUGGGGAACCCUAUCAAAAUCACUAUUGGACUGCAAGAUGUCUCAGGCUGCAGAGAUGUCGCGAUGUUUGAGCAUGAUUUCACAAAGCCUUCUGAACUGACAAACGCUUGCAUCACCUUCGAGAACAGCGAUACUCGUGUAUACGUCAUUCGAGAAUAUCUUUUGUUCAAUUCACGAAGAUUUGCAACAUUGUUGGAGCGAAUGGUGCCGCCGCGCGAAUACACUCCCGUUUCUACCUCAUACAGAUCUCCAUGUAGCGAAUUUGAUGUUUUGAGCUCACAAACUACUCUGAAUGAUCCAGCUUUGUGUACUGAAGAUGUUGAGAAUGCAAAUAGUACUUCCCCGCAAGAGAUCGAUGUGACAACGUUGCCUUCAACCGUGUAUCAGGAAGAUGGGAUAUAUCUAUUAAGAGGUGUCAAUGCUGAAGACUUUAUUACUUUUUUGAAAGCCAUUCAUCCACCAUUUGCAGAAGUCACUGAUGAAAAUGUGGAAAACCUGCUUUCGACAGCUUUCCGCUUGGGUGUGGAGCAUAUCGUUUGGAAAUGUGAAACUUUUCUAAGGGCUGAGGGAGCUCGACGAUCGUUUGAUGUCUUCAGCAGACUUGUAUUUGCCAUCACUUACAAAAUGUCUGCUCUUGAGAACGAUUGCCUGGUAGCACUGCAUAGCGUGAACGACGUUCGCAUAAUGCUGAUGGAUUCUCGUAUGGAGAGCGCUCCUCAGGAGCUUAGGAUACUUCUUUUAGAGAUAUUGUUUCAACGUCUCUCUUCUGAAACAUGUCCAGCUAGUCUCAAAGCUGAUACGGUGUCUGCGGCCUCGCAGACCUUCUCUUCAUCUGCAGCAUCGAAUGGAUCGGAAGUCGCCUCUGCAGAGGAAGUGGGCAAUUGA